GGCGUUGCCACCUCCAGCCCUGCUCUCCUUCUUCCAGAGCACCUAAGCGUGUUCCUGUUUCCCAGGCCCAAACACAAAGAUGGAGUGUCAGAAAAUUGUCAAUUUUGGAAACCAACUUCUUCGCCGGAAAAACGUGGACUGCACUCGAGAAGACAGUCGGCUCUCACGAUGCCUCAACACGUUUGACUUAGUGGCUUUGGGUGUAGGCAGCACUUUGGGUGCAGGUGUCUAUGUACUGGCUGGAGCAGUGGCACGGGAAAACGCAGGACCUGCUAUUGUUAUCUCCUUCCUGAUUGCUGCCUUGGCUUCUGUGCUGGCGGGACUCUGCUAUGGAGAAUUCGGGGCUCGAGUUCCUAAGACGGGAUCGGCUUAUCUCUACAGCUACGUGACCGUGGGUGAGCUGUGGGCCUUCAUCACAGGGUGGAAUUUAAUCCUCUCCUAUGUUAUCGGAACCUCCAGCGUGGCCAGGGCCUGGAGCGCAACGUUUGAUGAAAUCAUAGGCCAGCACAUUGAAGAGUUUUGUAAAAAACACAUGACAAUGGAUGCUCCUGGGGUGCUGGCAAAGUACCCAGACAUCUUCGCUGUGGUGAUCAUCAUCAUCCUAACAGGACUUUUAAUUUUUGGCGUGAAGGAGUCCGCCCUGGUGAACAAAGUGUUCACCUGCAUCAACAUCCUCGUCCUCGGCUUCGUCAUGGUCUCUGGCUUUGUGAAAGGGUCUAUUAAAAACUGGCAGCUGACUGAACAGGAUAUUUACAACAUCAGCCACAGCAUUUACAGAGACAAUCAAACACAGGAAGAAAACCUCUACGGUGUCGGAGGGUUUAUGCCCUAUGGAUGGAAAGGAGUCCUCUCAGGGGCAGCCACGUGUUUUUAUGCUUUUGUGGGAUUUGACUGCAUUGCUACUACAGGUGAGGAGGUAAAAAACCCUCAGAAGGCCAUUCCCAUUGGCAUCGUGGCAUCCCUGCUCAUCUGCUUCGUGGCUUAUUUUGGCGUGUCAGCUGCCCUGACACUCAUGAUGCCUUACUACCAGCUGGACACCAACAGCCCUCUGCCCAACGCCUUUAAGUACGUGGGCUGGGACGGAGCCAACUAUGCGGUGGCUGUCGGUUCCUUGUGCGCGCUCUCUACCAGUCUCCUUGGCUCCAUGUUUCCGAUGCCUCGGAUAAUUUAUGCUAUGGCAGAAGAUGGACUUCUCUUUAAGUUUUUGGCUAAAGUCAACGAGAAGAGAAAAACUCCAGUAAUUGCAACAAUGACAUCAGGGGCCAUUGCAGCUGUUAUGGCAUUUCUCUUCGACUUGAAAGAUCUUGUGGAUCUCAUGUCCAUCGGGACCCUCCUGGCUUACUCCUUGGUGGCAGCCUGCGUGUUGGUACUGAGGUAUCAGCCAGAGCAGCCUAAUUUGGCAUACCAGAUGGCCAGGACAACAGAGGAGACAGAUAACAAUGAGUCUGUGAGCACCAGCGAGUCACAGGCUGGAUUCCUGCCAGAGGAGGAGGAGAGAUGUUCCCUCAAGGCCAUACUUUGUCCCCCAAAUUCAGACCCUUCCAAGUUCUCUGGCUCAGUGGUGAACUUCUCGACCUUCAUCAUUGGUUUCCUUAUCGUGGGUAGCUGUAUCCUCACUGCCCUUGAGCCAAGCGUUCUGAUAAAGGCUGUAUGGAUUAUUGCUGCCAUCCUCAUUCUCCUUGUCAGCUUCAUUAUAUGGAAGCAACCUGAAAGCAAAACAAAGCUCUCCUUUAAGGUACCUCUUUUGCCCUUUCUUCCUGUUGUGAGUAUUUUUGUGAAUGUUUACCUCAUGAUGCAGCUAGAUGUAGGCACAUGGAUACGAUUUGCAGUCUGGAUGCUCAUAGGCUUUAUCAUCUACUUCACCUACGGGAUAUGGCACAGUGUGGAAGCUGCCUACACGGCCUCUUCAGACGCGGAGCGGAGCGCAGACGCCGCCUCAGAGAGCUGUAAAUGAGCACGGGGCUGGCGCGCGGGCGGCCGGGCGGCAGCCAAGGGCCUUGUGGUGGGGAUCCUCAGCCCGGUCUCCUCCGGUUCGGCAGCGAUACAGGAGUUGGGCAGCGUGACACAGCACUCCCCAGCCCUGGUGCUGCAGCUCGCAGCUUGCUUAGUAGCACAGUUAAAAGGGAUCACAAGGAAAAAAAGCCACAGCUCCCGCCUAGUCCCGGCAGCUCAUGUGGGGCUACGCGCCUCCCGUCCUCCCGCUCCUGGGGUUUUUUUGUUGUCCAUUGUGUAGAAAGAAAACUGCUUCUGUGUGCCAGUUAACCUUAAAUGCUGCUAUGAAACCAAGCCUCAGAAAGGCCUUCCUUUCAGUUGCCCCUGGAAUUACCUCCCCACAGAUACUCUCCCUGGUUAUACACGGAGCAGAUUCUGCAGCGCUACUGUCAGGCUUAGACCGGAUCCAUCCUUCACGCGUCGUGAGCUGUACCCCACGUGUACGCACAAAACAAGGCUAUUGCUGAACACCAGCUUUCUCCUGGUUCCAAAAGCCCCCACGAGACGUGCGUUCGUCCUUCACAGCGUCGAGUCGCAUUGUUUUUGUUGUGUCGAUCUCUUUGUUUAAUCACGUGCUCACACGCUUUGCAGUUUCAGUCUCUCCGCAGCAGUUCCGUGUGUGCGUGCAAAGGAUUUGGCCGUGAGGCUUUGGUUUGGUGUCGGCGGGUGGAGCGUGGCUGUGCCUCAGGAAGGGGAAGCACAGGGACAUCGUCAGGGGCUUGAACUUCACCUGUGAGCAAUGCCUCAUGCCUGCCCCUGCCCAGGGGAGGGCUGGAGGGAUGUGCAGGGGCCCCUUGCUCGUAGUAAAAACACCGCUAAGCUCUAGGGUGUGACUUGCUGAGAGAAACUUUCCCUUUGGGGCUGUAAAUUAUCUCCAGAGCCUGACUGUGGUUGGAAGGUGGGAAAUGUAGAGUUGAGACCAGGGUCUGUGUGUGGUUGUCAAUGCCUAGGUUUUGCUGUAGGAUGAAAUGCUUUUUAACAGAUUCCCUCUGAUAGCUGUCCCCAGACAAAUGCACAACUCUAAAAAAGGCUUGUUAAAGCAUCACGAAGGUGGGCCAUGCCUACGUAAUGCCACCGAUUUAAAUUCAUGCUUCAACUUGAACUGGAAACAAACCAUAGAAUCACAGAAUGGUUUGGGUUGGAAAGGACCUUUGAAGAAAUCUGACCAGCCUCCUUGCCACAAGCAGGGACAUCUUUCAUUUGAUCGAGUUGCUCAAAGCCCCGUCCAGCCUGACCUCAAACACUUCCCAGGACAGGGCAUCCCAAACAGGCAGUGAAGGAAUCUCUUCUCCCAGCCUGAGUGGAUGCUGGGUGCUGUCCUCUCUGUCUUUGACACUGCUGCCCCUGAACACCAGACAGUUUUCAGUCUGUGUGUUGCCUCCCGUGUGUGUCGCGGGGUGCGCUUGGAGGGCAGUUGCCCCCACAAAAUGAAGCCAAGAGGAGAACACCAAAAUUAGAAGCCACUAGGUUGAGGUCUGUUUGUUUUAAACACAGGCAAGAUCAACACACUCCACAGCCUCCUGAAAAGCACUGAAGGUGUGGUGGGAGGGAGAGAAGAGGCAAACUCAAGAGGGGAGCAAAAUUUUCCCAUUGUACCAAAAACAUAAGGAUAUUUUUCCCUACCUUGGGUACCAGCUUCUGAGCAAUUAAGGCAUUCAGCAAUGACCAUUUGAGGGUGAAUUCUGACUGGAAGUGUGUUUCCAAAGAACGUUAUUUUAACAUAUACAGAUUUUUUGCUGUAUGCCAGUUGGGUUUUUUUAUAGAAAUGUUAACUUAUUUAUGUUAUCUACUUAGGGAUCUGUUCUGGUAUUUAUAUUCCAUAAUGUUUCAGCUUCUGUGGCACGUAGUAGCAGCAUGUAGAAGGAGGAAGGGCCCUGACGGUGUCAUUUUUCUUUAGUUUCCUUUUCUCUGAGAAGGUUUGUUGGGAAAACUUUGUGUGUUACCAGAUUUGGCAUUGAAGGUCUGGCAUUACCUGUACUGACCCCAGAGCCACCUGCUUCAGAUUUGCUGUUGGAGGUGAGGAUCUUCAGCCCCAUCUCCCACUCCUCCCUUGUGCCUUCGUCAGCCCAUCAGUUCCCUGGUGCUGCCAUCUCCCUUGCUCCUUGUUGCUAUUCAGCAGAUACAAGGAGGUGGAGGAAGCCUGCAGCCCUGUGCAGGACAGGGGAGUGCAGGUGUCUCUUCGUGCUCUGUUCUGUGGUGUCCAGCUGGACCUGGGGACCUCCUGGCCCCAGGAGAGGACUGGUCGGGAGGUGAUGGCUCUGGCAGAGCUGCAUGCUCCUGCCUCAUCCCCUCCAGGCUGCAUCCACUCCUUGCUUGUACACUUUGUAAGCUGAAGGGGAAAUUUGAUUGACCUUUCUAGGACAACGUCAAGGACUUUGGUGAAUGCAUGGGUUUGGUUUGGUUUGCUCUUUUUCUACCAUCUCUUCCUCCCUGCUGAUGUCUGCAUGUAACAUAGAUCACUCCAGAUAUCUUUGAAGACGUGCAACUGCUGCUAUAAGCUUGCUGUUGUGGGUGAAACGCUUUAAUUAAUUUGAGCUUUUCUUUGUAAAUAGUUUGGUCAUUAUUUUAUUAUGAGAAUAUUUUGUACAGAUACAGAGCAUUUUGCUGUAUGAGGAGGUGGUAAUAGAGGAGCGAUAUUUUUUCUUGGCACGAGAAUAUGUCCUUUUCUGCCAAAGCUGAGAGGUGUAGUAAAAAUGGCCCGCUGGGCCGGGUCUUUCGGGGCAGACCCUGGCCCAAAGGACUGACUUUGUUUUGGGGUUCCUGCUCCAGAGCCCUUAGGAGCCGUUGGUGCUCGGUCAUGGCAGGGGAGAGGGGGCUGCAGGGGACCACGCUGCUGCAGAUAUUGCUGGUGGUGAUGCCAUGUGUCGCUGGGUACUGCUGGGGUUUCAGAAGGAUAAGGUUUUAGCUGACAGUGCUGGCUGUGGACAUGCAUACCCUUCCACCAUCCCAGGUGAAAAACUCCUCUUCAUCGCAUGCAGAGGAUGCCUGGCACUGCCUGCUGUCUCAGAGAACGGGAAGCAAUGUGCUGGGGUGUUACAUGUGUAAAGUCCUCUUCGUAAGUGAUUGCAUUUUAUAUACUAAUAAAUUCCAGUGGGGUUUGUUGAAUUGCUCCUUGAGAAACCCACAUCCAAGUGAGCAUUGCUGUCACCUGCCUAAAUGAAUGAAGGCUGACAGGCUGGAGGGUCUUUGAAGGAGGGGAGGAGGAGGAAAGGUGCUGGUUUUGGUGCAGUAAGCGCCCCUCCAAUCCCUCUCCUUCUUUCAAAGGAAGCCCCUUCCCUCUGGCAGAAGCAGCAUCUCUCUUUGAAACCCCUGUAUAACCUUUCAGUGUCCACUGGGCCCAGCUUUACGGCAGGUUCCGUUUCUUCCUUCUCCUUACCAAAAACUUGCACUUGUUCUGGCCAAGUCUGUGUGUAGGCAGCAAAGCAGCGCCCACGGCCUCCUGCCUGUGGCCUGGGCCCCGUUGCCUCCUGAGGCCAUUGGCUGCGCUGCCCACAGUCGCUCCCCUCCUGCCCUGUCCCCAUCGCCACCCUGGGCUGCCUUACGCUCUGCCUUGGGGCUGCAGGCAGGGUGAGGGAUGCCCGACUCCUCUCUGCCAGCAAGAGCCAAACCUAGAUUUUUCUCAGGGUAUUUGCUCCUGACUCACGCUCCCAGGAGCGGGGCUUGUGUGCUCCCACUGGCGAGAGGCUCCUCACCUUCUUACUGCCGCACCAGGCAGUGCUUUGGGCAGGGUGACGCAUGUUGUCGGGAGGCAGAGGGUUCCCUUGCAGCACACUGUGCCUUGAGGCCAUGCUGGACAGUGGUUUGGGCAGGGUGACGCAUGUUGUCUGGAGGCAGAGGGUUCCUUUGCAGCACUCUGUGCCCUGUGGCCAUGCCAGGCAGUGGUUUGGGCAGGGUGACGCGUGUUGUCAGGUGGCAGAGGGUUCCCUUGCAGCCCAUUGUGCCUUGUGGCCAUGCUGGACAGUGGUUUGGGCAGGGUGACGCGUGUUGUCAGGAGGCAGAGGGUUCCCUUGCAGCACUCUGUGCCCUGUGGCCAUGCCAGGUGGUGGUCUGGGCAGGGUGACACAUGUUGUCAAGAGGCAGAGGGUUCCUUUGCAGCACUCUGUGCCCUGCGGCCCUGUGGGUGCAAGGAGCAGGAGGAGUGCGGUGUGCUGGCGAGCCGACUGCGGGCUUGGGUCCUGGCAGUACAGCGAUUCUUGCUGACUGAAGCCAUGGAAGAGUUUGUAUAUUUUUAUUUUUUAAUUGUUAAGCAAAAUGUAAAUACUUUUCUGUUGUCCAUUGGAUGCUCUAUUUUCCUAUUGAUUUCUUAUGGGCACGGUAAAUAGUUUUAAUGCUUCUUCUGCCAACAAAUCUAUUUUUAAUCUUUUUUUGUCUUUGGUUUGUUCUGGUGUUUUUUUAUAGUGUUGGUGUAGCGAUUAAAGCCUUAAGUUUUGAAAUGUGAACCUCCCGUCCCCCAAGCAAGGUGCAGGUGUGCAGCUACUUUUUAUCCCGGCAGCACUGUAAAUACAUCUCCCCUGGACAAUGCUUUUGGAACUCUGAAAUUCACCUGUAAUUAUGUGGUACUGCAUUAAAACAUUUUUCUCGAU